AUGGGCAUUGGAGGAGAUCAAUGGAAGGUAAGCUAUGAUUUUAAUAGACUAUGGGACUAUGCAAAUGCACUUAAGAAGGCAUAUCUGAAUGGCGAUAUAGAGGUGAUGGUAGAAAGAUCAACCCCUAUUGAAGUUCCCAAGUUUAUGAGAUUUUAUGUAGGGUUUAGUGUAUUGAAAAAAGGGUUUCUGGAGUGUUCUAGACCUUUUAUUUGUCUAGAUGGAUGCUUUCUGAUGGGAAGAUUCAAUGGGGAACUUCUGUCUACUGAUGAUAGAGAUAGAAAUGACAAAAUCUACCCCAUUUCAUGGGCAAUUAUGGAGAAUGAAAAUAGAGAAACAUGCUACGCCAUGAUUGUGAGGAACCUCACCACCGAUCAACAUGCUCUUCUUGCAUUUAAACUCCAAAUCAUUAUUGAUCCUCACAACAUCUUAGCCGACAACUGGAACACCAAUUACCCUGUCUGUAAUUGGGCUGGUGUCUCUUGCGCUGCUAAGCACACGAGAGUUAGAGCUUUGAAUCUCUCCAACAUGAAUCUUACCGGAACGAUCCCUCCGCAAUUAGGAAACCUGUCGUUCUUAGUCUCUCUUAAUUUGAGUCACAACAAUUUCCAUGAUCAUUUACCGAGGGAGUUGGGGCAAUUGAAUCGUUUGGAGCUCAUUGAUUUAAGCUCCAAUUUCCUAAAUGGUGAAAUACCAUCCUGUUUUGGAAGGUUGGAUGAAGUUUUACACUUGAUUCUUGCAAAUAAUAAUUUGACAGGUGUAAUCCCUCCGUCAAUAGCUAACAUGUCCAACUUGGAGAACUUGGACUUGAGGAACAAUCUCGUUCAUGGAAACAUUCCAUACGAGAUGAGUAAACUUAUGAAGCUGAGGACACUUCGUCUGGCUAAAAACCAACUUUCUAGUUCCAUUCCGGCUGCCAUUUAUAAUAUUUCCGCCUUGCGGAUGAUUUCUCUACCAUACAAUAAUCUAUCUGGUAGUUUACCCAAAAAAAUAUUUCAUCAUCUUCUCAAUCUUGAGGCACUUUACCUGUAUGAAAAUGAGUUUUCAGGUCAAAUUCCAACAAGUAUUGGUGAGUGCAAGAAUCUUCGACAGUUAAUGUUAGACACCAAUCGAUUCAAUGGUAGAAUUCCAACAAGUAUCGGGAAUCUAACAGCUCUUACCGAUCUAUACUGGUUUGCAAAUGAUUUGGAAGGUGAAAUUCCAUGGGAAAUUGGAAAGCUUGAGAAGUGGGAGUAUCUUCACGUAGAAUAUAUGAGACUUGAUGGUUCAAUCCCAGCUUCCAUCUUUAACCUUUCUUCUUUGAAAGCAAUUGUUCUGGGUGACAAUAAUCUAUCUGGUGAACUACCAUACAUCAGCUCGGUUCCAAAUCUGGAGGAGAUUUUCCUUUGGGGCAAUCAUCUUAGUGGAAAUAUUCCUGAUUCAAUCUCUAAUAUUACUAAGCUCAAAAUUCUAGAAUUGCAAAGAAACUCAUUCUCUGGCCUUAUUCCAAAUGCACUUGGCAAUUUGCAAUUCCUUGAGAGAUUGACACUUAGGUCCAAUCAUUUGACCACCAAAACUUCAUCCAACGGAUGGAGCUUUCUGGAUUCAUUGACAAAAUGCAGGUAUCUAAUACAUUUGGACUUAUCAUUGAACCCACUGGGGGGUGUUCUUCCACCUUCUAUCUCAAAUCUCUCAAUAUCACUUCUACAGUUUGAAGCCACAGCUUGUAAAAUUAGAGGCAACAUUCCUAUGGAAAUCGGUAGUUUAAACAAUGCCUUAGCUUUAGACCUUUCUGUCAAUGAGUUGAGUGGAUCUAUUCCUACAACAAUAGGAAGGCUAAAAAAUAUCCAGCUUCUAGAUUUUUCUGGAAAUAAGCUACAAGGCUCUAUCCCACACCAACUUUGUGGCUUAAAGGGAUUAUAUAAGUUAUCAUUAGCUACUAAUGAGCUUGAUGGACCUUUACCGGUAGGUUUGGGUGAUUUGAUUGCUUUGAGAAAGCUAAAUUUUUCCUCCAACAAAUUGCAUUCAUCAAUACCUUUGAGUUUCUGGAGAUUGAAAGAUAUUUUAGAAGUAGACUUGUCAUCAAACUAUUUUAGUGGUUCACUUUCGCUUGACAUUGGAAAUUUGAAAGUAAUUAUACAUUUAGAUUUGUCAAGAAAUUUUCUCUCAAGUGAUAUCCCUUCCACAUUUGGAAGCCUUCAUUACCUACAGGUUUUACUUCUUUCUCAUAAUAGAUUGCAAGGUCCUAUUCCUGAAUCAUUAGGUGACAUGAUGAGUUUGGCAAAGUUGGAUUUAUCUAAUAACAACUUAUCUGGAGUCAUCCCCAAAUCUUUGGAAAGACUUUUAUACCUUAAUUCCUUUGAUGUGUCUUUUAAUAGACUAGAAGGGGAAAUCCCAAAGGGAGGGUGUUUAGUAAACUUCACAGCCUAA